AGUUCUUUCAGUCAAGCCUUGAAUGAUUAGCAGUUUCAUUACUUCUCAGCUUCACCAUCUUCUCCAUAAUCACAAAUCUCUUGCAACUUAAAAUGGAUCAAAAAACCAUCCAGCCUCACAUUUUCUUCUUUCCCCAUAUGAGUCAUGGCCACAUGAUACCAACCAUAGACAUAGCCAAACUAUUUGCUUCCAAAGGCAUCAAAACAACCAUAAUUUCUACUCCUCAUAAUUUGUCCCUCUUCUCCAAAGCAAUUGAAAGAAGCAAACUUUCGGGUUUCGAAAUCGGAGUUCUUGCUCUCAAAUUCCCAGCUGUGGAGGUUGGGUUGCCAGAAGGGUGUGAGAGUGACCACAUGGUUGAAACACAGGAAGAGCUCCAAAAAUUCUUGAAGGCCACAACUUUGCUUGCUCAACAACUUGAGCAGCUCCUCAAAGAUCACCAACCCAAUUGCCUUGUGGCUGACAUAUUUUUCCCAUGGGCAACUGAUGUUGCUGCUAAAUUUGGAAUCCCAAGGCUUGUUUUCCAUGGCACAAAUUUCAUCUCUUUAUGUGUUUCACACCAUUUGAUGAAAAUGGACCUUUCCAUAGUGUCUGAUUCUGAACCUCUUGUCAUUCCUAACUUACCACAUGAGCACAAGCUUGCAGGAAACCAAAUACCAGAUUUCAUGAAACAAGAAUCUGAAUUGAGAAGUUUUGGCAAAGCAGCUGCAGAAUCUGAGUGGAGGAGCCAUGGGGUUCUUGUUAACAGCUUCUAUGAGCUUGAACCAGCUUAUGCUGACCAUUACAGGAACUUUUUGGGAAUCAAGGCUUGGCAUAUUGGACCUACUUUUCUAUGCAAUAAGGAGAUUGAAGAUAAGGCAAAAAGAGGACCCAAAGCCUCCUUAGAUGAACAUGAAUUUUUGAAGUGGCUAAGUUCUAAGGAACCCAAUUCAGUAAUUUAUGUGAGCUUUGGAAGUGUGGUGAAGUUUGAUGAUGCUCAGCUCCUUGAGAUUGCAUUGGGUCUUGAGGCUUCAGGGCAGCAAUUCAUUUGGGUAGUGAAAAAAGAAAAGAGUGAUCAAGAAAAUAAAGAAGACUGGUUGCCUGAAGGGUUUGAGGACAGAGUUGAAGGCAGAGGACUUGUUAUAAGAGGAUGGGCUCCACAGGUGCCAAUUCUUGAGCACCAAGCAACAGGAGGCUUUGUGACUCAUUGUGGAUGGAACUCCACCAUGGAAGCAGUGACUGCCGGUGUGCCAAUGGCCACGUGGCCUGCGUUCGCCGAUCAGUUUUACAACGAAAAAUUGGUGACUGAAAUACUUGGAAUUGGGGUUAGAGUGGUUGAGGGUGCUAAAAAAUGGGCUAGGUUUGGAGGGGAUAGAGUGAAGAAGGAAAAUAUAGAGAAGGCUGUGACAGAGGUUAUGGUUGGUAAAGAUGCAGAGGAAAUGAGAAGCAGAGCCAAGGCGCUUGGGGAAAUGGCAAGAAAGAGCGUGGAGGAAGGUGGAUCAUCUUACAAGGAUUUGAAUGCCUUGAUUCAAGAAUUGGGGCUCCAUAGGAUUGCCCCUCCUCAGUCCUAAUUGGAAUAUAUACUUUUUUUUGGGAGCUAAACUAUAGGGGAGGGGGAUUUCUCACACACACAACUAUGAUGCCAUGGGGAUAUAUAUUUUGGCUUAUGUGUAUUAUAUAGGGCUGUAUAAACCACGAGCUGUUUCUAAAGAAAUAAAGUGUCACGGUUCAGAGGCAAAUGUAAAAGGGCUGUAUAAUAUUAAAAAAACAAAAAAAACAAAAGCUGAGGAAAAGAAUAAUAAUCCUAUGCCCUUUAGACGCAAUAAGAAAUCAGUAUUGUAAACC